CGAACGUUAUUUUGCCCUGAGACUGUUUUCCGCAUCCUUAAGACUCAGCCGAGGAUAAGGCUCAAGGACUGAGUUGUCCCGUCCUAUGAAGUAUUCGACGAUUCAUAAAUUACGUAAAUAAAGGACUCUAACGAUAAUAGAAAACUUGGGCCUGGGUCGACUGGAGGUAACCUCCCGGCGGGAGAAAGGCGGUUUUUCAGAAGUAGUUGUUGGAUUUUAAAGGAAAACUGCUUUCUCGUUCAACAAAAAAAAACGAUUAAGGCCCUCCAAAUAAUUAUAUUUGGAAUUAAAAUAACAGGAGAGAAGAGACAAGGGGAAAUACUUCAUCGACUCGCCCUAGCUUGGAUCGGAGAGGCCGUGGAUCGACCGGACAGACCCUGCAAAUAGCAGGUUCCUUUUACUGUGAGUUUCCUUAGGUUACUUGUGCCUCGGUUGAAUUUGUUUCAUUCCGGAAAGUUUUCGUUUUUUCGAACCGGUCGAAUUUAAUUUAUUUUGACGAGAUGUCGAGUGGAAAAACGGGAAGCGCGAACCCCGGCCAGCCGAAGCUCUCGACGCAGGAUCUGGACAAGCUCGAUAUUUCUGGAUUGUCAGCACUCUCACCAGAAGUAAUCAGCAGGCAAGCCACAAUUAAUAUUGGUACAAUUGGCCAUGUCGCCCAUGGGAAGUCAACUGUAGUGAAAGCUGUCUCUGGGGUACAAACAGUUAGAUUUAAGAAUGAAUUAGAAAGGAAUAUCACCAUUAAGUUAGGAUAUGCCAAUGCAAAAAUUUACAAAUGUGAUAACCCAAAAUGCCCCAGGCCCGGUUGCUAUAUAUCAGGCGGUUCUUCAAAAGAUGAUACUCUGCCUUGUAUAAGAGUUAACUGCAAUGGAUAUUUUCAAUUGGUACGCCAUGUGUCGUUUGUCGACUGUCCUGGUCACGACAUUCUUAUGGCCACUAUGCUUAACGGUGCAGCAGUCAUGGAUGCUGCUUUAUUGCUUAUCGCUGGUAACGAGUCUUGUCCUCAACCGCAAACAUCCGAGCAUUUGGCUGCCAUUGAAAUCAUGAAGCUCAAAUACAUAAUAAUACUCCAGAAUAAAAUCGACUUGGUCAGGGAAGCCCAGGCGAAGGAACAGUACGAACAAAUUUUGAAAUUCGUCCAAGGUACAGUAGCUGAGGGUGCACCUGUAGUUCCAAUCUCAGCUCAGCUGAAAUACAACAUUGAAGUCCUUUGCGAGUACAUUACAAAAAAGAUCCCUGUCCCAAUAAGAGAUUUCAACUCUGAGCCAAGGCUUAUUGUCAUCAGAUCAUUUGACGUAAACAAGCCUGGCUGUGAAGUUGAUGAUCUUAAAGGUGGUGUUGCAGGAGGAAGUAUCCUUAGGGGUGUCUUAAAGAUUGGCAUGGAGAUUGAGGUCAGACCUGGCCUUGUUUCAAAAGACAGCGAGGGGAAAUUGACGUGCAAACCCAUUUUCUCGAGAGUUGUUUCACUCUGUGCUGAGCAAAACGACUUGCAAUUUGCAGUGCCUGGCGGACUUAUUGGAGUUGGGACCAAGAUUGAACCAACACUUUGCCGAGCAGACAGAUUGGUAGGGCAAGUCUUAGGAUCCGUUGGUGCUUUGCCACAGAUAUUUAUUGAACUUGAAAUUUCCUACUACCUUCUAAAGCGUCUGUUAGGAGUCAGGAUGGAAGGAGAUAAAAAAGCAGCCAAGGUUGUAAAACUUGUUAAGGCAGAAGUGUUGUUGGUGAACAUUGGUUCACUUUCCACCGGAGGUCGAGUCAAGCAGUCAAAGAUGGACUUGGCCAAAAUUUCUCUCACAAACCCCGUAUGUACGGAGAUAGGAGAAAAAGUCGCUCUCAGUCGAAGAGUGGAAAAACAUUGGAGAUUGAUUGGUUGGGGUCAAAUCAGAGGCGGUGAAACAAUUGUACCAUCAAAAGCGAGUUAAUAAUUUAAUUUACAA